AGUAUUUUGUCGCUACACGCAUGCAGCCACACUGUAUCCAAGCAAAACAAAAAUGCAUCCAAAUGUAAAUUUAUUAAUAUUAAUAUUUUUGGGCCUGUUUGCGGCGCGAGCUCAGGCAGAGCUGUCUGGUCUGCUAGGUAUUCUGCAAUACUUUGGUCUCAAUCUGCAAUCGAACGGCACAGGAUCCGCGGCGCUGGGCAGGGUAACCCGGGGCCAGUGCCCCUACAGCUUCGAGUCGUAUGCAUUGAUGCAGGAUCGACACAUCUGUUUUCCGGAUGAUGAGCAUAUAGUGCAUCUGUCGGAGCUGCCGCAGCAACGCAAGCCUCCGCUUAUGAUCAAAUGCCUGCAGCCGGAUCCAGCGCCGCAAGCUGGCGUCGUAACUGUGCCCAAGUUGCUGAUCAUGCAGAGCGCCAAGGACAUUGUGAAUCUUCUGAAGCCAAUAGGGAAUGCUACCAAGCGACAUGAGCCGGGCAGCUGCGUUUUAGUACACUUCUGCACACCCACCAGCUUGGAGUGCGCUCGCGUGGCGGCAUAUGUCAAUCUCUUACCACAUCUGUUUCCAACGCUGCCUGUGGCCUAUAUUGAUGCCUACGAGUUUACACGUUUCAAUGCAGAGUUUGGCAUUGCAUCGCUGCCCACGUUGAUGAUAUUCCAUCAGGGACGGCCGCUUAUCAAGUAUGAUCCGCCUAGUAAUGAAAAUGUCAGCGUGCCCAGCUUCAUAAUGCGCCACACGAACCUCAAGUAUGUGAAUCCAAGGACCCUACGUCCCUAUAUUCUGGCGUGGGCAAAAGACGGCCCGCUGGCCUCGGUACCGACAGUGACGACAGAUUUUUAUUUGAUCUUGGCUUGGGCAUUUAUACUGAUCUGCCUGGCCAACUACGUGCGGCAGACGCUAUUUUGGAAGCAGCUUGUGGAAAUGGUGCAGCGCAAUUGGCGAGAGUCCGAAGAGACGCAAAUGGAAAUGAUUGAUUAGACCAACUUUAGGCACAGGAGAGGAUGAAUUAAGUAGUUACAUAUUGUUUACGCUUUAAAUUUACUAUGUGUGUAUGUAUUUUCGUUUAAUUAAAUUCACAUAAACAUUUA